AUGCCUUCUGAACCCGGUUCCAUACCGGAGACUCCUCGAGUCAUUCCUCCUUCUCCUGCUUCAUCUGAGCGUCGAUCAAGCUCGGGCGAUUACUUCGGACCUACAACACGCUCUGCAGCACGCCGGCAGCGACUUGGGGAGGUAACGGAAGAAACACCUGAUACCUCAAACUCGGAUUCGAAACGCUCACGAGCGCGGUCUCGCAGCCCCAAAUCUCCUGAGUCUACAAGGCGCCGUACCCGCAAAUCUAAUCCGAAGUUGCCCGCUGGAAAGCCCAAGAAGCAGACGAAUGGUCAUGCGGAGUCCAACGGAUAUCUAUCACCUAUCGCGAAACCCGGCGGCAACUGGCACGACAUCUCUCGAUCACCUUCUCCUCUCGGUCUCAUACCUCUCCACAGCCGUUAUCGCUCCUUUAUACACCGUCAUGAGAUCCCGCGCAAACUUCUCCAUGUAUCGAUCGGCUUCCUAACCCUCAACUUGUACAGUCGCGGCAUUCAAACCCUCCAGAUUACGCCAUGGCUCUUCGGAGCUCUCGUACCGAUAGCAACGGUAGAUAUCGUCCGUCACCAUUCCACCAAGAUCAACAACAUAUAUAUUCGCUGUGUGGGGGCUUUGAUGCGCGAGACAGAGGUUUCCGGCUAUAACGGUGUGAUCUGGUAUCUUGUGGGCACAUAUGCAGUGCUGCGCUUCCUCCCCAAAGACGUCGGAGUCAUGAGCGUACUGCUCCUCAGUUGGUGUGAUACUGCAGCCUCCACAUUCGGUCGUCUCUACGGCCGUUACACAUUCCAGCUGCGCAAGGGCAAGAGUUUCGCCGGGACACUGGGAGCCUGGUUUGUGGGUGUCCUGACCGCAGCCGCAUUCUGGGGAUACUUCGUACCUUACAUCGGAACCUUCCCCAAUGACCCCGAGGGAUCGUUCAUGUUCACCGGUCAGCUCAACCUUCUUCCUAGCUCGAUCAAGAACCUCAUCGGCUGGACUGCGGACACCCCCAGCGCUGUCAUUUCCGGCCCGUUGGCCCUCGGCGUUAUGAGCGUCGUCUCCGGCUUAGUCGCCGCUGGAAGCGAGUUCGUGGACAUCUUCGGCUGGGAUGAUAACCUUACUAUCCCGAUCUUGAGCGGUAUCGGAUUGUGGGGUUUCCUGAAGGUCUUUGGUUGA